AUGUCAAUGACGCCAGGCGGUAAGUCAUUCGAAUACAGCGCCAAUGACAAUGACGGAGACAAUGCCAAUGGCAACGACGGCGGCAACAAUGAAGCCGCCGAGACACUGGAGUUCUCAUUCGACUUUCAAACUCCAUCAAAGACACUACCACAACAACAACAACAAUAUAAUACAAGUUCGUCAGUGGACUCAAUCGACUUGACAAUGACGCCGAUGAAGACGCCACAGCGACCAAUACAGACCACACGAUCAGCAUCCAGGAGUCACUCCAAGUCCACGUGCACAUACUUGCUCCAACGAUUGACACCAUCUUAUCCACAUGUUCCCAGGUCGCCACUGCCUCACAUGUCACCAUUCAGGAAUGGAUCUCCAAUGGGUGGAUUCGGAUCCCCCUAUAAUGAUGGUGGAACGCUGCAUUGGUCACCAUCACCCUAUCACCGACGAUCAUCACCAUCACCAUCGCCUUUCAAACAUCAUCAUAUUUCACCAGCUCGGAUGACGAGUCCGCCACCUCCAUCAACUCACACGCCAUCAUAUCUUCGAGAUUGGGAGCCAAGCCAAUCACCAUUCAAGCCCAUCGUACCAGUAUCCAAGUCAAUAUUGUCACCCAAGAGGAAGCAGAUUGAUACCAGUAUUGCCAUCAACGAGAGUAGUGCACGGGUCAAGAGGAAGAGGAUUGACUUCUCACGAGAUGCCCCCGCACCAGCCACAGCCCCAGCUCCAAACCCGACCCUAACCGCCACAUUACCAACAACAACAUCACAGCCCAAGGUCAACAACAAGCCCAUUCCAAAGAUGAAGGAUGUCAUAUGUGUUGUGGACAAUCGCGAGGUCAAGUCAGUAUCUGAGCGCGACUAUAUUGGAAAGAGAUUGUGCGAGUUGGGAGUGAGCGCAUCGACCAGGAAGCUGGAGCUUGGAGACUUUGCAUGGGUGGCCGUGGACUACGCGGGCAACGAGUACAUGCUGGACUUUAUCAUCGAGAGGAAGCGCGUAGAUGACCUCAGCAGCUCGAUAAUGGACGGUCGAUAUAAGGAGCAGAAGUUCCGUCUUGCCAAGUGUGGCUGUGGCAACAAGUACUACCUGGUCGAGGGCGAUGUCAAAUCGCUGUCAUCCAGCAACGUGCGCAAUGGCAAGAGCUGGGGCACAGUCAACUACGGCCUGCCCGCGGAUACCCUCUCCGCAGCCAUGGUAUCAACACAUGUCAACGACAACAUCAUUGUCAUUGAGACCAAGGACAUGGAGUCCAGUAUCACAUUCAUUCAGCGCAUGUCUGGAUUCAUUCGCGACAAGGUUAUGUCUGGCAACAGCAUCAGCAACAACACAAACAAUAUUGUGGCGAGGAUGAUGUACUUCCCGCCAAAGACGACCAAUGACUCAAGUGCCUCACAGCAUUGCGACUUGGACACAUUCAACAAGCUCAAUCAGAAGACCAAGGACAUUGGCUUGGGUGAGUUGUUUGCCAUCCAGAUCAUGCAGAUUGGUGGAUGCACGGCGGAUAGGGCGGCGGCCAUUGUUGCCUUGUAUCCAACGCCCCUCGCCUUGAUCCUUGCCUACGCCAAGCUGAAGGACCAACAGGCAAAGAAGACCAUGCUCAGCAAUAUUCGAUUUGGAAAGCAGAACAAAAAGAUUGGCAAUGCUAUUAGCGAGUUGAUAUGCUCAGUCUAUUGUGAUACAGUUUAUAAAUCGUCGUCAUCGGCACCAGAGGAGGAGGAGGAUGAGGAGUAG